GGUCCUCUAUGACAGUAAACUUAAUAUCUUUGGAUUGUAGACAAAACAAGACAUUUGAAGAUGUCACAUUGGGCUCUGGAAAACAGUGAUCAAUAACGUAAAUAAUGUAAUCAAUACUUAAAAUAAUCAUUGGUUGCAGCCCUAUUGAGGUUUUGAGAUAUUAAAGGUAGAGAUUCUCUUAAAACUGAAAUUUGCAAACUAAUUGAUGCAACAUCAGGCAAACAUCCAUGUGAAUAAAAAACAGGCUUUACAGACAAAAUCACAUGCAUGAUACAAAAUAUCACCGAUAGUAAUGUGUUAUACAUGGAAAAAACAGCAUAAUGUCCUAAAGAAAGGACUAUAGCACACAGAUUGGAUGUGCACUCUCUUGAUUUUUGUCUUUGAGACUUCUGCCAUUACCCAAAUACAGUGGAGGUGAAUGGAUUUCGGAAUAGCUCGGCCAGUAACACCAAAAUAAUUUGCACUACUGCUUAGUGGGAUAAAAUGUUGUGUGUGUGUGUGUGUGUGUGUGUGUGUGUGUGUGUGUGUGUGUGUGUUAGGUGAAGUGACCCUUUAAAGGUCAAAGUAUGGGGGGUGGGGGGUAAAACAGGGUAUAUAUUGUAAGCAGGUGUGAAAGUGUGUGCACUUACAUGUGGUAUGAAAGGCUAAAAAUGUCAUCACAUCACAGAAUAAGCUUGUGACUGUGUGUGUGUGUGUGUGUGUGUGUGUGUGUGUGUGUGUGUGUGUGAGAGAGAGAGAGAGAGAGAGAGAGAGAGAGAGAGAGAUUGCUUGUUUAUGCAUAUGGGGAUAGACUGUGCCAGGUGAGUGUACCAUUUACCAUCAAGCCAUUGAGUUCAGCAGGCAUCUAAUAACAAAGCAUUUAUGGCCCACUUACGCAUGCAUAGAUAUAACUGUCAGUAGGAAACAACAGUCUCCUCUCUACCGUCUCCAGCUAUUCCUGCCUCUCUUAAAACGCACAGGCGCCAUCCGGAUUGGGCCCAAAUACUCUAGAAUUCUAUCAUCAGAAUCGGGGAUGAAAUUAAAAUCGCUCAUUUUCUUUCUCCAUACAAGGAGCAGAUCAAUUUCCGGAGACUGGGACGUGAUAUUUUCCUGCCAUUGGGCUUUCUCGUCUCUGGCACAGCACCCUGACUGCCUGCCAGCGGGGGGCCCGGGCCCGACUGCACGCCUCGCCGGAGAACGGUUACUUCUGCCGCGGCGAGUUUAUUUGCGCCUCGCUAUGAGAAUUGCCAUCAUUUACCCUUCCCCAACACCUCCCAAAAAGAAAAGAAAUAGACAAGAGGGGAAGCGAGGCAAGACUGAGAAAGCCGAAAUUGAUUCUUUUUGAUACAUGCUGCAUGGGGGACAUUAGGUACCCCUCGUUUGACCAUCUAUUUCGAAAAAUGAGCUGAAUAAAUUUUGCGUAAAGUAGCCUAAUGUAUUGGCCUUUUGGAGGCCUGGCUGUUGUUCAUAUCAAGAAUCAGAUGCUUGUUGCAGCAUGCAGAGGUUAUCCUAUUGUGUAACGUUGGUUUUAAGAGAAGUAAAUUAAUCAUGCAGCUGUAGAGGAAUGAUAACUCACUUUACAUAAAGCUGUAACGCACCUUGUGUUAAGCGUGACAAAAUUUAACGGCAAACUUGAUGAACCGGCGGUGCGUCAAAUCUGGAGUGAUGGUGGCCCCAACGUUCAGGUUGCCUCCAUUGCAGUGUGAAGAUGAUUCAGAUUAACAAUAUAGUAACGUAAAAAAUACACUUUAAAUGAAACUUAAAAUUUGGCGAUUUGGUGCCUUGAUAUUUGUUUUGCGUGACGUGAGGAUGCGCAUGACAGCAUUCAUUGCGCAAGCAGUCCGAUAUAAGGUCACCACAAGACCAUGAUUAAAAAUCACCAUACAUCACAAUACACCAUGGCCUUAUAAUGUUUUCAUUACUAAUAUAGCUAUAAAAAGUUUUGAUGUAAUGUCUUUGUGAGGCUGCUCCUCUCUGGACUGAUGUUUGUGUUGCCUCGCAAAGGUCAUUUCAGGAUUACAGCUUUCUGUGGCCUAUGAGAUGAAGCCCAUCUUUGCCUCGCCUAUUGAUCUAUGUCCUGUUUGUUACCUGCAUGCACUGUGAGCUUUUAAAUGUAGUCUUGUUUCUUGUUUGACUUGGCAGUCACGGACACGGUUCCUUGUUUGCGCACAUUCUGGUCUCCGACCCUGUCCUUUGCUAGAGACCCCGCUGUUGCGUCACGGACCCAGUCAGGCUUAAUUAAACCCAUAUUGAGAAAGAGUAUAAAUCCAACCCCCUUUACCACUCAGUCCAUGCACCGGCAUGCACGUCCUGCAGUGGAUUUUGGUCGAAGGGAAUGUUUUAAGGGUCAGGAAAGAAGAGCUGCAAGUUAAUUUGUAACCUCUGAAAGACUUUCACCGGCCUUAAGUUAUAACAGACAGCAGAAUGGCUGGACUCAAGUAUAUGAGUGGUUUUGGGAAUGAGUUCUCGUCUGAAGACCCCCGCUGUCCUGGAUCCUUACCUGAGGGACAGAACAGUCCUCAGGUGUGUCCGUAUGGCCUGUAUGCGGAGCAGCUCUCUGGCUCUGCCUUCACCUGCCCACGGUCAACCAAUAUGAGGAGCUGGUUUUACCGCAUACUGCCGUCUGUCAAACAUAAGCCUUUUACCGCAAUGCCCUGUGGGAAUCUUACAGAGAACUGGAACGAAGUGGAGCCUGAUCCUAACCAGCUGCGAUGGAUGCCAUUCACCAUUCCCAAAUCUACAGUGAAAAAAGUGGACUUUGUGGCUGGUUUGCAUACUGUCUGUGGUGCUGGGGAUGCCAAAUCCCGGAACGGCAUUGGCAUCCACAUGUACACCUGCAACACCUCCAUGGUUGACAGGUGCUUCAACAACUCAGAUGGAGACUUUCUGAUUGUCCCCCAGCAGGGUGAGAUCUUGAUCACCACAGAGUUUGGGAAGAUGAUGGUCGAGCCGAACGAGAUCUGUGUCAUCCAGCAAGGAAUGCGCUUCAGCGUGGAUGUGUUUGGAGAAAGCAGAGGCUACAUACUGGAGGUGUAUGGAGCACAUUUUGAGCUCCCUGACCUGGGACCCAUAGGAGCCAACGGUCUGGCCAACCCUAGAGAUUUCCUGUGUCCAGUUGCAUGGUAUGAGGACCGCAAAGUGGCCACAGGUUACACCAUCAUCAACAAGUACCAAGGAAAGCUCUUCGCCUGCCAACAGGAUUUCUCGCCAUUCAAUGUGGUAGCCUGGCACGGGAACUACACACCUUACAAAUACAACCUGAAGAACUUCAUGGUUAUCAACUGUGUGGCCUUCGACCAUGCGGAUCCAUCUAUCUUUACUGUGUUGACUGCCAAAUCCACACGACCAGGCGUAGCCAUUGCUGACUUUGUCAUCUUCCCCCCGCGGUGGGGUGUGGCUGACAACACCUUCCGUCCACCAUAUUAUCACCGUAACUGUAUGAGUGAGUUCAUGGGUCUGAUCAAAGGCCACUAUGAGGCCAAAGAGGAGGGUUUCCAGCCUGGAGGGGGCAGCCUCCACAGCAUGAUGACCCCACACGGCCCAGACGCUGAAUGCUUUGAGAAGAACAGCACUGCUGAGCUCUUACCUGAGAGGGUGGCUGAGGGAACCAUGGCGUUCAUGUUCGAGUCAUCCUUCAGUAUGGCUGUGACCAAGUGGGGUCUGGAGACAUGUCAGAAGCUUGACAAAAGCUACUACCAAUGCUGGGAACCUCUUCGCAGCCACUUUAAUCCUAACUGGAAACCCAGCAAACAAUAGAAAAAACAAAUGACUCAGAAGAAAGCGGGUAACAAAUGAAGUUAAAGAUAAAUUCCUAUUUUCACUUUAUUACAUGUAACCAACAGCAUAUCUGGUCUGUUUAUGAAAAUACAGAAGGGAAAAAAGUCAUUUUAUGCAGACCACUGAGAUUGGAGUUGCACUAUAAUAUUAAAACUAAAAAUCACAUCUAGGCUACAUAAAUAAUGUACCCUUGACUGUAAAGAUCUGUCAUGCAGAACAUGCACGUUGUGGGUAUGUCCUUCUUUACUCUAACUGUUUAAAGAUUAAAGGCAUCAUGAAAUGGACUCUUUAAUUUCCUGGAAAACUGAAUCUUUAAAGUUUUUAGAGAAGACAUAAAACACUCUUCCUCUUACAAAUUAAAAAGGAAAUUCAUGAGCACAAGUUCACACUUCACUACACUCAUAGGCUUUGCCAAUACAGCUGUCUUGGUCUGGUCUGACCAGUAGGCUUGUGGCAGGUAAUGUUAGCAACCAUUAGAUAUAUUCCUGUAGAACAGGAGUCAUUUCAUUGACCUGAAUACUUUCUCAAUUUACCAUUAUCCCAAAAUGUUUCACUUGUGGCCCGAGUAAUUGCCGUUUAGUAAAAAUGACAGUCUUGCUUUAAAUGGUGACAUCAUCCUGCACUUGUUGGUGUGAACACAAUUUAUCCAAUAAAGCCAUUGCAAUUUUAA